CGGGGUCAGGGAGUAUAGUUUUUUAUAUGGAUGUUGCAUUUAAUUGAGGGCGGUUUAAGAUUCAUAAUACAACUGAAAAUGUUAAAAUCAUAUUGGUAACCAUUACCUCUCCAAGUGUAUCUCUUCGAUAUAUGUAGCAAUAUGUUGGACCUAUAUUUUUCGGAGUCCACUAGGAGGUUAUUCGGUGUCGCUUUAAACGUGGCCACUGUAAAGAGUCACCACGAUAUAACUUAUAUAUUUUUUUUUACAUUAAAGAUAGACGUAGUCAUUUAGCCACCGUCCGUAUUUUUAUUAUAGUGUAGAAAAAAAAAUGUUUUUAUGUUUUGCUAAACUCUUAGGUUAGUCUUUCCGGCUUGUCAGCUCGCUCUACUCUGUGGCGGCUGAAGAAAAAAAGAACCAGUUGGCAAGCGAAGCGAACGCUCGGAGCCAGCAGCAAACUAGCCAUUUCAUCGUUUAUUUUUGUCGUAAGCAUUGGCUUACUUGUGAAGAUUGUUUCGUUUUAUCCUAAAGACUGUUUGGAGUUUGUCUGCCUUGGAUUACGGAUAUUACACAUUUUCCCUGUAUUAAACAUUAACUGUGCUAGCUAGCUAAACAUUUUAUUUGUGCGACGACAGCUGUCAUUUGGAGAAGGAAAAGUGAUCCGUCAUGCGUGUGCAAUGAAGCUGAUUUCUACUGGAUUUACAUUUUAACAUCCUUCAAAUGGGCGACGUUAACGUUCAAUAUUUGAGAACUGCGGUGGUAUUGCCUUAGUAACUAGUGUGGCCACCUAGCUUGCUACUUAUACUUAUCGUUGGACAGAAGACAGCUAGUUAGCUGGCUAUAUCAUUCAUUCAGCCUCAAAUACACUAACUACAAAGUGAUAUAACUAUAGCAAUAUCGCUUACAAUUUUGGACAUGAAGAAAAUAACCUACUAUUCAUAGGGUUGAAAGAAUGUCAUCAGAGGAUAAGACUGUGGAGCCCUCUGACCAGGGACCCUCGCUGCCCUCUGUUAGUGCAGGGGCCACGUCCACAGGAAGUCCUGCCCAGACAGACAAGCGCCCCAGGGGCAGACCUCGCAAGGAUGCUGCCACCACCAUCGUACCCCAGGCUCCACCCACAACUACAUCCAAGACCAGGAAGAAGGGGCGUACCAGAGGUAGAGUGGUUGUGGAGGAGGAGGACAGCAGCAUGGACGGGACGGAGGCAGCCGCCUCAGGGAGCCCCCCUCAGGACACAACAGAUACACCAGCCAAGCAGCCUGUGGAGAGUGUGGAGGUGGGUGCCACUGAAGGACCAGGGGAGGGGGAAGAGAAGCCCUCUUCUCCCCAGGUCCAGAGCCCUCAGACUUGUGAAGCAGCUGAGCUUUCUGGUCCUAUCACCAACAGAGGAGUUAAAAGCAGUGAGCAGCUCUGUGCCUUCUGUUACUGUGGCGGCCGCAGUCUGCUGGGUCAGGGGGAUCUCCAAGUGUUCGACUCCUCGCCUGGACACGAGCGCAAUGCGACAGGAGGAGGAGGCCAGGCCAACGACCACAGCAAGGCCAGCAAAGGAUACGGCAGAGAUGACAGCGGUGUUGACAGAAACACUCAGCCCAGCGAUGCAGCCGGAGAUGCCAGUUCAGGACAGAGAGGCACACAGAAUGGAGCUGAGAGCCAUGGGGAGUUACCCGACCCAGACAAGGCCAGCAGGUUGUGGGAUGAGCUGGCUCACGUCGGCCUCCCAGGAGAUGUGGACGUCCAGUCUUUCUUUGAGGAGUCGGGGCAGUGCUUGGCGCAUCACUGUUGUGCGUUGUGGUCGCAAGGCGUGUGUGAAGGCGAGGGACAAUCACUGCUCAACGUGGACAUAGCCAUCGACUCAGGGAGCACAGAGCACUGUGCAUACUGUAAACGCCUUGGAGCCUCCAUCAAGUGCUGUGCUGAAGGAUGUGCUCGACUGUACCAUUACCCCUGCGCGGGGGCGGCUGGGACUUUUCAGGAUAUCAGGAGUCUCUCCCUCCUCUGUUCAGAUCACAUAGAACUGGCCAUCAGCAGAUUUCCAGACGACUCUAUCUGUGCACUUUGUGACAGCCCCGGGGAGCUCCCUGACCAGCUCUUCUGUACCAGCUGUGGGCAGCACUACCACGGGUCCUGCCUGGACAUGGCUGUGACUCCGCUGAGGAGGGCCGGCUGGCAGUGCCCCGAGUGCAAGGUCUGCCAGACUUGCAAGAACCCGGGUGAGGACGAUAAGAUGUUGGUGUGUGACAUGUGUGACAAAGGCUACCACACCUUCUGCCUGCAGCCGGCCAUAGACGACAUCCCUACCAACGGAUGGAGGUGUCAGAACUGCAGAGUGUGUAUCCAGUGUGGUACAAGGACGAGCGGUCAGUGGCACCACACAAGCCUGCUGUGUGAUAGCUGUGUCCAACAUCAGGAUCCCGCCCUUACCUGUCCACUAUGUGCCUGUAUCCUGGACCCUGAGCACCAAAAAGACCUGCUCUCCUGCCACAGCUGUAAAAGAUGGCUCCACCUGGAGUGCGAGCGCCAGUCGUCAGGCCAAGCAGACAUCCAGCCCAGCCAGGGCUAUGUGUGUUCAAGCUGCAGGCCUACUGGAUCACCACCACAACAGGCCCCACUGCAGGCAGAGGAGGAGGCGGAGGAGAUGGACACAGGAGGCCUAGAGCUGAGCCCACAGGCUGCUAUUCAGAUGCACACAGAAUCAGAAGCGGUUGUUCCAACGCACACGGAUCUAGAACCUGGAGCUAAGCAACUGUGGUCUCCUUCUCCAAUGCACAACGACCCAGAAACGCAAUUACAACCCGUUCCAAUGCCCACAAAUGCAGAACCAGAGCCUGUCCAAGCCACCAACACUGUCUGUGAGAACGUCCUUGAGGAUAGGCAGCCACAGCAGGCUACAUCAGACCAGCAGCCUGGUGUGUCGGUGGAAGCUGCUGCUGUUGAGGGGGUGGAGCAAGAGACUGAGGUGUCUGUCAACAAGGACCGGAGCCAAUUACAUACAGAAAUGCAACCAGCAGCAGAGACCCUGAUCACUUCAAAAGAGAGUCCUGAGUCUCCCAGGUUGAACAAGCAGGAGCCUGAGCAGCCCAUACAUCUGCCAACCCAGACUCUAGCAGAGCCAGAGCAGCCACAGGAUAUGACAACAGGAAUGACCAAGUCAGCAAACACAGAACCCUCUUCUGAAAAGAGGGUGGUCAAACCCAGACCCAGCACAGAGGACAUUAAGGCCUUGACCCCACCCACCACCACCACCACCACCACCACCACCACCACCACCACCACCAAAGAACCUAGUACUGCAUCCGUAACCAUCAAGGAAGAACCCAUGGAGGCCUCAGCCCCUGAGCCUUCAGAAGUUGAACAGGUUGAAGGUCCUUCAGGUCUGGAGACUGCAGCGAAGGAGGCUUGGAGGGAGAAACAAAUGUCUGGGAUUCUGACUGAUGGGGUUUCGAUGGUGGCCGGCGCCUCGGAAGAGAUGGACACCACACCUGAGACUGAGAGCAAGCCUAACCUCUCCCACCUCAGCCCCCCCAUCAAUGAUAAGCCCUACAAGACAUCUAUGGAAAGACUGGCAGAGAUGGCUGCCUCCCCUACCCACUCCUCCCCUAGGAACAGGGGUCCCUCUCCCAGGCAGCCUCCCCAACCUCACCAGCCCCACCCUACCCUGGGGGAAAACGUCAGCAGCUUCUCCUCCACCACCCUCAUACCACUCACCCCUAAGAUUGGCAUGGGCAAGCCAGCCAUCUCCAAGAGGAAGUUCUCCCCAGGCAGACCUAGGGUGAAGCAGGGCGCAUGGCAUGGGAGCCCCCAUAGCAGUGUGAGCUCUCCCUCCUGGUCCCCAGACCAGCCAGAGGGGUGGGACGUCUCAAAUACCAGGCAGCUCUCCUCCGGCUGCGGUAGCCCCGGAUGGAGCAUCCGAGUGGGUCGAGGGUCAGGCUUCCCUGGGAGGAGGCGACCCAGAGGGGCGGGGCUGUCGGGCAGAGGAGGGCGGGGCCGAGCCAGGGGGAAGAACGGCGCCAGUCCCACAGUCAACCCGGGGGUGACCUCCAUGGAAUCACCAUAUCAGGUAAAGGAAGAAGAGGAGAAUGCCAUGCACAACACUGUGGUCAUAUUCUCCAGCAACGACAGUUUCACAUUGAAACAGGACAUGUGUGUGGUGUGUGGGAGUUUUGGUCUGGGUGCUGAGGGUCGUCUCCUGGCCUGUGCCCAGUGUGGGCAGUGCUACCACCCAUUCUGUGUUGGCAUCAAGAUCACCAAGGUGGUGUUGAAUAAAGGCUGGCGCUGUCUGGAGUGUACGGUGUGUGAAGCGUGUGGCCAGGCCACCGACCCGGGCCGUCUGCUGCUGUGUGACGACUGUGACAUCAGCUACCACACCUACUGCCUGGACCCUCCGCUGCAGAACGUUCCCAAGGACAGCUGGAAGUGCAAAUGGUGUGUGUCCUGUACCCAGUGUGGUGCCACCUCGCCAGGCCGGAGGUGUGAGUGGCAGAAUAAUUACACCCAGUGCGCCCCCUGUGCCAGCCUGGCAACGUGCCCCUUCUGUCUCCAGGACUACAGCGAGGGCGAGAUUGUGGUGCAGUGCCGCCAAUGCGACAGAUGGAUCCAUGGUUCCUGCCAGGGUCUCCAUUCGGAAGAGGACGUGGAGAAAGCAGCAGACAGCAGCUUUGACUGCACCAUGUGCCGUGUCCACAAGACCUCCAAGGCACUAGUGUCCAAGGCCAGAGACUCCAUUGAGCCGGCAGUUAUGACGCAAGUUGUCACAAAGGCUAAAGAAAUGGACUUGGCGAGGACGUACACUCAGGACGGUGUGUGUCUGACGGAGUCGGGCCGGUGUCAGCUCCAGAGCCUGUCGGCCCCUGCGUCGCGGCGUAGGAAACCCAAGCCCAAGCUGAAGCUGAAGAUCAUCAACCAGAAUAGUGUGGCAGUGCUGCAGGCCCCCCUGGACCUGCUGUCAGAACACUCCCGGGACGAGGACAUGGAGGACCACAGAGAGACGGACCUUUCUCUGGACUGCGAAGGGAAGUCUGACUCGAGCCCGGAGCGAGAGCCAGCAGAAGACAAGUCCAAGGGGGCCGACGACAGCAAGAAGAGGAAGAGGAAGCCGUACCGGCCGGGCAUCGGUGGCUUCAUGGUGCGCCAGCGGAGCCGUCCAGGUCAGGGCCCAGGCAAGGCCAAACGAUCCCUGAGCAGGAAGGAUUCCUCUGGCUCUGUUUCUGAACCCCCCACAGGGAAGGAGGAGGGCUGGGGAGAGGUGCUGCCUGACACCCCUUUGGAACAGACUCCCCCUGGGCUGGAGGCCCCAGAGAAGAUCAAGAAACGCUAUAGGAAGAAGAAAACCAAGCUAGAGGAGGCCUUUCCCACCUACCUGCAGGAGGCGUUCUUCGGUAAGGACCUGCUGGAUAAGAGCAAGCAGAGCAGGCAACAGGCGGUGGAGUCUGGCCUAAUGGAGGAGGGCCAAGCAAGGACCGGAGCCGGGCCCCAGAGGGACAGGAAGCAACCCACCACCAGCUUCCUGGACCCCUCCUCGUACCCCCUCCUCAGUGUGACCUCGGGCACGUCCAGACCCACCAGACCACCAGGACCUCAGCCCUCUGAAGAACCUCUAGUGGAUUUGUCGGAGGUUCUCAACACGGAUGCAGAUCUCCUGGGAAUGCUGGGGAAACAGACAGGUGACUCUGGUCUUGAUUUUUUCCAUUUCCAGGUUGACACCUCACCACCUCCUUUUGCUGGUCUGGACAUUGGACCCCUGACAGACAGCUCCCCAGCGCUGUCUCAGUCCGGCCGGAGGCCACUCCGUACGCUCCCAGAUGAACAUCUGGACGGGAUCCUCAGUCCAGAGCUGGAGAUGGCUGACGGUCUGGAGAUGGCUGACGAAUCGAUUCUCAGCAAACUCUACAAAAUACCAGAGCUGGAGGGGAAGGAUGUGGAGGACCUGUUCACUGCCGUCCUGAGCCCCAGCCAUCCACCACAGCUGCCUCACCCCCACGGCCCACCUGGAGCCAGCCUGACACACCCACAUGCAGGGAAUGCCAUGUUUCCACGGAUGCCAAUGAUAAACGGGCUGAUGGGACCUAACCAACGAUUCCCUCUGAAUCCGUCCCAUCCCGGAGCAGAAUCAUGUAUCCCAGAUAACUUCUCCCCCCUACACCGCAUGCCUUUCACUGACAAUCCAAGGGACAGGAAGUUUAAUCAGAUGGCCAGAGAGGCAGUGGGUUCGUGGCAGGGGGCUCCUGGCCCUGUCCACGGUGGCCCAGGCCCCACCCCUCUUCCUGGUGCUGAGGGGGGCGAGGCGGAGGCCAUGUCCAAUGCCCAGAGGAGCACACUGAAGUGGGAGAAGGAGGAGACUCUGGGGGAACUAGCCACUGUGGCCCCUGUCCUCUACACCAAUGUCAACUUCCCCAGCCUCAAGGAUGAGUUCCCAGACUGGUCUACAAGAGUCAAACAGAUUGCAAAGCUGUGGAGGAAAGCAAGUUCGCAAGACAGGGCCCCGUAUGUGCAAAAAGCGAGGGACAACAGGGCUGCUCUGCGCAUCAACAAGGUUCAGAUGUCCAACGAGAGUCUGAAGAGGCAGCAAUCGCAGCAGCUGCCGCUGUCCCAGCUGUCCCAGCUGCCCCCGGCCUCACUGCAGCCUCCCGACGAGGUGUUUGACCCCAACAUACCGCUAGACACAGACUUGCUCUUUAAGGACCCUUUGAAACCCAAAGAGUCAGAGCAUGAGCAAGAGUGGAAGUUUAGACAGCAAAUGAGACAGAAAAGCAGGCAGCAAGCUAAGAUCGAAGCCACCCAGAAGCUGGAGCAGGUGAAGAAUGAGCAGCUGCAGCAGCAGCAACAGCAGUCAGGCAGCCAAUCGGAGGGAGACGGUAACAACAGCGGCAACCAGAGUCCUUCCUCCCAGCACGGCAGCAACGGCAGCAUGUCCCCCAUGCAGCACAGCACCGGGGGGAAAGAGGGCUUCAUCCAACGUCAACUCCCAGGGACGCCCACCUCGGGGCCCCCUGAAGAUGUGUUCCUGCGGCCCCCUCCUCCCCCUCCUUCAGGGGGGUCCUCUCAGCCCCAGUCCCCCCAGGUGUUCUCCCCUGGCUCAUCCAGCUCCAGACCCUCCUCUCCCUGGGACCCCUAUGCCAAGAUGGUAGGGACCCCCAGACCUCCAACUCUGGGGCCCAGCGCGUGUCGCAGGAUGUCCAUGGAGUCUGGCAAGUCUCCCACCUCUUUGAUGGAGCAACAGGACAGAGGGAGGCUCACGUCUCCGGCUCAUGAGGCUUUCGGCUCCCCCACGUCUAUUAGUAGGGAGAUGGAUCCCUAUGCCAAGCCCCCUGACACCCCCAGGCCUGUUGCUGGGGACAUUGACCCCUUCCUAAAGCCUAUGUGCCCCCCCAGAGUCAACCAGGGUCCCCAGGGAAGGCCCCUGAUAGGCUCUCCAGUGCGUGGAGACCCUUACUCUAGACCCAUGAUCCGCCAAGAGGCCUACCAACGGAUGGCUCAAAACAGGAUGAUCUUGUCAGACCCUUACUCCAGACCUCUGUUAGCUCCCAUCCCGGGGAGCAACGAGCAGGGUUCAGUCCCUCAGUCUUUGUUCAAGACCCCCAUGCCUCCACCCCAGGCCCAGGACCCCUUCAACAGACCAAUGCCUCAUCCCCCAGACCGGUUCUCUCAGCAGGGAGACCCCUACGCUCAGGCCCCUCUGACCCCUCGAACUCAUGAUAGCUUCACCAGUCCACCAAGGAUGGCCCAGCACCAUACCCAGGGCCACCCAUUCCCCCAGCCCAGCCCAAUGGCACAGUUACCCAACCGAAACCCUUACGCCCAUGCUCCCUCUACUCCAAGGCCCGACCACUUCACAUAUGACCCCUUUGCCCAACCCCCAGGACCCUCAUCAGACCCCUAUGCUCAAAUGCCAGGUACCCCUAGACCUAUGAAUGACCUUAUCAGCCAACUUCCUGGAAACAGACCAUUCUUUGAGUCCGGCUAUGCUCGACCUCCAGGCACUCCUCGUCCAAACGACAACUACAGCCAAUCCUCUGACCCUUAUUCCCAGCAGCCCAACACCCCUCGCCCUGGUAUGAACCAUUUCCACCACCCUCACCCACACCCCCAGCCCCCCGGUCAGAGGAUGUCCCCCGGGCACUCCAUGGAUCCCUACACACAGCAACCUGGUACCCCUCGGCCCCCCAGGUUCUCAAAGUCCCCAGGCAGCCAGAGACUAGCCCCCAUGGAUCCCUACGCUAGUCAACCUGGAACACCCAGGCCUUUGAGCGGUGACAUGUUCUCCCAGACCCCCAGGCCUAUGCUAAAUGACCCGUAUGCCCAGGCUCCAAGCACCCCGCAGCCAGGGAUGGGGUCUGACAGGCUGAGCAGACAGCAGGGGCAGAGGCCUGGUCCCAUGGGGAACCAGGAUCCCUUCUCCCCUCCUCAAAGCGUUAGGCUCCAAGAUGCUCCCUUUCCACACCCUGGGUCACAGACACCAAAGCAUCACGGUGGGAUAGCCGAUGAGGGAUUUUCUCCAUCGCCGUCCAGACGGCCCAACCAGACGUCUAUCCAUGAUCCUUACGAGCAGGCGCCCAUGACCCCACGUCCACAGCCAGCAGACAGACCAGAUAUGAAGGAGCAGCAAGGCCAGGACCCUGGAGGACAGCUGCAAAACCCCUCCCAGAUGCCUGGAACCCCCUCUGAGGUUCAGAGUGUUUCUCUGGCCGACAGUGAGGAGAGACUCAAACAGCGUCAACGCAUCCGAGAGCUGAUCCUGAAGCAGCAGCAGCAGAGGAGUGCCAUCCGCCAGGAGAACGCUGGUAUCAUGGCCCCUGGCCCUGGGACACCUCGACCCUGGCCGCACGAGGGCCACGGACAACAGGGCGAGAUGUUCAGCCGGCCCCCUCCACCUUACCCUGGGCCGGGCCCCAUGAGCGGACCAAUGAGGUUCCCUGGAUCUGGACCCUUCCCAGGGGACCAGCGAGGCCCUUUCCCUAAUGAGGGCCAGUUCCCCAUAGGACAAUACUCGGGUGAUCCUAAUAUCAGACAUCAGGGGCCAAGGUUUGCAUUUCCACCUGGUGGGCCGGGACCUCAUGGUAGCCAGGAGUUCUUCCCCAGAGGUCCUCACCCCAUGCAGGACAUCCACCCGGGGAUGAGACGCUCCAUGUCUGUAGAUAUGGCCAAGUCCAUGGGGGGCAACCCUAUGGGGCUCCCCCAGCAUUUCCCUCCUAGUGGUGUGCCAAUGCAACAGCACAAUAUUAUGGGCCAGCCUUUCAUCGAGCUGAGACACAGAGCCCCUGACAGCAGGCUUCGUCUCCCUUUCGGGUCCUCUGGCAUGCAAGGGAACAACAUGGAUCCCAACCUCCAGCCCCAGAGGCCUCCUGGUUUCAUGGGAGGGCUUGAAUUCCGGUUGCCUCCAAACCAAGGCCCCAGGAUGAUGAUGGAGUCAAUGGGGGACCAGCAGAUGAGCCAAGGCCAUCUGUCCUCCAACAUUGAGAACUUCCACCAGCAUCAGCAGGCCCAGAUGCAAGGGGGAGCCAUGCCAAGGCAAGCCCAGCUAAUGAGGUCCAUGAGCCAGCCUGCUUCGAACGAGACCCAGGGUAUGUCAGCUUCCAUGAUGAUACCUGGGCCUUCUGCUGGGAAGAGUGAUGGUCAGGGAGGAGUCUCCAUGGCUAACAACAAUGACGGAGUGGACGACAAACUGGACACAGACGAAUCGGCCGUCAAAGACCUGGAAGAUGUUGAGGUGAAAGACCUAGUCGAUGCCGAUCUGGACAACCUAAAUCUGGAUCCGGAAGAAGACGGCAAAGACCUAGACCUAGAGACCAAUGACCUGCACCUGGACGACUUCCUGACGUCGGGGAAGUUCGACAUCAUUGCGUACACGGACCCCGACCUGGACGACGUCAAGAAGGACUUGUUCAAUGAGGAACUGGACCUUAAUGACCCCAUGGAAGACCACAGCGACGCCUGUGACUUCCAGAAGGCCUUGUCUGAGAAGAGGAGUUCUAGCUGUGGCGGUGCUGCAUCUUCCUUCUCCAAUUUGACGUCUGGAAUGGGGAAGUCAGAUGGAAUGGCCGAGAAGACAGCUGAUGUGAAACAGGAAGUGAACUGCCGCCAGAGCUCCGCCUCCUCCCUGCCUUUCGAGUAUAAGAUCAAAAUGGAGGACAAAGACAGCCUGUCUCAGAUGUCCAAUGAGAGGACAGAGCAACAAGCAGACGGAAACACUAACAAGCAAUCAGGAGUGCUCUCUGCCUCCACGCCAGUACUCUCUAGCUUACUAAUCAAGCAGCAACCAGAGGACUCCACCUGUGACAAUCAAGGCAGUGGUAACUCUAUGACACAGCCAAACCAAGACACUCAGAACAACUCUGGACUUAGUAUGGGAUCUCAAACCAUGGAUCCAACUAACAGGGGAGAAGAAGAAGGAGAAUCAUCCAUGUCUACCUUUGAGAUGGACCAGAGUGGGUUGACCCCGGCCCAGCAGGCCCUGUUGGCCCAGACAUUGGGCCAGGCGGGGCCAGGGGGGCACAGACCCCUGCUGCUGGAGGAGCAGCCCCUCCUCCUACAGGACCUGCUGGACCAGGAGAGGCAGGAGCAGCAGCAGCAGAGGCAGAUGCAGGCCAUGAUCAGACAACGCUCCUCUAGUGACGCUUUUUUCCCCAACAUUGAUUUUGACGCCAUCACUGACCCUAUUAUGAAAGCAAAGAUGGUCGCUCUGAAAGGCAUCAACAAAGUCAUGGUUCAAAACAACAUGGGGAUGACACCAAUUGUCAUAAACAGGUUUCAACCUGGUCCUGCGGCACCAUGUCCUGAAAGCACCCCUGUUCCUCCACAGGCCGUUGGACAGGAUGGCAAGCUGACACCCUCAGUGACAAGGCCCAAUCCUCCCAAUUUUGGACCAGGUUUUGUCAACAAUGCUCAGAGGACUCAGUACGAGGAGUGGCUCCAGGAGACCCAGCAGCUGCUCCAGAUGCAGCAGAAGUUUCUGGAGGAGAAGAUCGGCGCCCACAGAAAGUCCAAGAAGGCCCUGUGUGCCAAGCAGAGGACGGCCAAGAAGGCUGGAAGGGAGUUCCCUGAGGAGGACGCAGAGCAGCUCAAACACUUGACGGAGCAGCAGGGUGUAGUGCAGAAACAGCUGGAGCAGAUCCGGAAGCAGCAGAAAGAGCAUGCUGACCUGAUCGAGGAGUAUGGUGUGAAGCAGCAGGGUGGCAGUGGCAUGCCUCCCACUGUGAUGCCAGCAGCAGUGCCAGGAAUGCCACCAAUACAAGGCGGCCCUGCCGGCAUUGUGCCGAGUGGGCCUCCAAUGAACCACCCAUCUAUGAACCACAUGGUGCAGCAGGUGCCAAUCCAUCCAGGCCAGCCAAACGCCCCCCCAAAACGAAUGCCUGUGCCCAACGCACCAGCAAGCUGGCAUCCUGGAGCUCCCAUGCCCAUGGGUGGACCCAAUAUGCCCCCUCAGGUUCCCAUGGGCAACCUGCCUCAGCAGCCCCCACAGAUGCCCCAGCAGAUUCCUCCCCAAAUGCCCCAGCAGAUUCCUCCCCAAAUGCCCCAGCAGAUGCCUCCCCAAGUGCCCCAGCAGAUGCCUCCCCAAGUGCCCCAGCAGAUGCCUCCCCAAAUGCCCCAGCAGAUUCCUCCCCAAAUGCCCCAGCAGAUGCCUCCCCAAGUGCCCCAGCAGAUGCCUCCCCAAAUGCCCCAGCAGAUGCCUCCCCAAAUGCCCCAGCAGAUGCCUCCCCAAAUGCCCCAGCAGAUGCCCAUGGAAAACCAGCCUCAGCCUCAACCCGGUGGGGUCAAACCCCCACAGGGCUCCGGUUUGAAGUUUGACGACAACAACCCGUUUAGUGAGGGCUUCCAGGAGAGAGAGCGUCGGGAGAGGCUGAGAGAGCAGCAGGAGAGGCAGAGGGUUCAACUAAUGCAGGAAGUAGAACGUCAGCGCGCCCUAAAACAACGCAUGGAGAUGGAACAGCAAGGCAUGCUGGGGCCUGACGGGGGGAACACGGUGCCUCUCUCUCAGAUGCCGUUCUUCAAUGCUGAGCUGCCCCAGGACUUCAUGCAGCAGUUAGGACCGAUGUUCCCCCUGCAGCAGCCCAUGCAGCCAGGGAUGGGCUCUCCUCCCGGGGCCUUCAUACAAGGCGGAGACCGGAGGGCCAUAAUGGGUAAUGGGAUGAUUCCUCAGGACAUGGGACCUGGUUUUGGGCCUGAUAACAUGGUACUACAGGGUAACUUCGCCCAGGGUCCACACAGACCCCGGAGGUUCAGCGGCCCAGGCGUGAUGCCACAGAUGCCCGGGGAAGGCCCUCCAUUUGGGAGCGGCAACUCCACCACGCCCCUGCCUUCCAACUUCCCCGGCUCGGGUCAGUCUCUGAUCCAGCUCUACUCCAACAUCAUCCCGGAUGAGAAUGGCAAGAAAAAAAGAAACAGGAAGAAGAAGAAAGACCAUGAUGAUGCAGAUUCUGUGAAAACGCCGUCCACGCCGCGCUCUGACCUGACUGCCCCUCUGACGCCCUGCCGGUCAGACACAUCCUCCACACCCACCAGGAACAACGCCCACCUUUUCGGGGACCAAGACCUUUCCAGGUCCCCCUUACUUGGCUCCUCCACCUCUACCCCCAGCCAUAGCCACUCAGAGCUGGAGAGGCAGCUCUCUGGAGGGCUGGGUGGAGGGCUGGGUGGUGUUGGGCAGCCUGUAGGGAUGGGUAGCCUCCCAUCAGACAUCUCCCUUGCCAGGGCCCAAGCUCUGGAGCAGGAGCGCAUCCUCAGCAACAUUAAGCUGGAGCAGACUGAGAGCACCGAGUGCCACGGACCCAGAGAUGGCACCUCCUCGCACAUGGGCUCAGGGAUGGGCACGGUGAAGGAGGAGGGUGGAGCUGCAGUACAGAGCCCCUCCCACGGCGGGGGAGCAAAAGGGGAAUCUGGGAGUAACAACGAGCUCCUCAAACACUUGUUGAAGAACAGGCAGACGCCUCUUAAUGGACCAGGGCUUCCCCACCAACGGUCAGACAAGAGCCUGAGGUCUGAGGAAGAGGAGGCGGAUGCAGACUGCAAGGCCCUGCUGCUAAGGCAGAGCUCCAUGGACAGCAACGGGGCGUAUUCAGACGGACAGCUCUCUGGCCUUCCAGAGUUCCCAGGACCACUGCUCACAGGACAGGAUAAGAGGAAAGGCAGGAACAAGAGGAACCCCAAAGGAGGAGAGCGGCCCGCCUCUCGUUACAAGAAGAGGAAGAAAGAAGGGGAGGAGAAGCAACUGGUGCACUCCAGCACUGAUACACUAAUGACCCAGCUCAAACAGCAGUUGUCCCUUCUGCCCCUCAUGGAGCCCCUGAUAGGGAUGAACUUUUCUCACUUUGCCCCCUACGGCAGCGGCCAGCUGAACGGUGAGAACCUCCUGUCUGGGACAUUUGGCAGUGGCUCUCUGGACGGAGUCUCUGACUACUACUCCCAGCUCACCUACAAGCAGAACAAUCUGAGCAACCCCCCCACCCCGCCGGCUUCACUCCCUCCGACUCCUCCACCUGUAAACCGACAGAAGAUGAUCAACGGCUUUGCCACUACAGAGGAGCUAGCCAGCAAAGCUGCUGCAAUGGUGUCCAAAAAUCUGGUCUCCAAGCCGCUCCACGUCCCAUUCAGGACCGAGGAGGACCUGCUGGCCCGAGCCAUUGCUCAGGGACCUAAAACUGUGGACGUGCCAGCCUCCCUUCCCACGCCCCCUCACAACAACCAGGAGGAACUCAGUAACAGGCUUGGACAGGAGCAUUGUAAGGACCGGGACACACCAGAUAGUUUUGUCCCCUCCUCGUCCCCAGAAAGUGUGGUUGGCGUGGAGAUAAGCCGUUACCCAGACCUGUCAUUGGUGAAGGAGGAGCCCCUCUCCCCCGUCCUCCCCAUGCUCCCCACACCCUGGGGGAAAGGAUCAGAGGUUAGGCUGAAGACUGAGCUCAAGACUGAGCCCUAUGGGAUGUUCUUUGGCUCCCAUUUUGGCCCGCCGUCUAACGACACUAAACCAGGCCUGGUGUCUGUAGCCAUCACCCUGAGACCAGCGGCUGCUGAGAACAUCACAGGUGUGGUAGCUGCCAUCUCAGAACUGCUGUGUGUGAAGAUCCCCAGCAGCUAUGAGGUGAGCAGCACCCCGGGCCCAGACAGGGGGCCCCUGGCCAUGCUCAGCGGCCUGAGGGUGGGCCCCCAAGGAGGCCUGGUGCACCGGCCGGGGGCCCCCAUGAUGUAUCCGGGCCGUGCUGGUGCUGGAGACAUGGGGGGCCCUCACGGAGCCCCAGGCCAGCUCAUCAGGCCUGGGGGAGGAGGACCACAACAGAGGAUGAUGAUGCAACAGCAGCAGGGACAUCCACAGCAGCACAUCCGCUUCCAUCCCGAUGGACCAGGUCCAGCUGCAGUCAGAGGCCCUCAUCAGAAGACCCCCGGCAGCCCAGGCUCCAAGCCCCAGUGGUGCUGCCACUGUAAGGUGGUGGUGCUGGGAAAUGGAGUCCGCAAGUCCAUCAAAGACCUUCCAGUACACAAACAGGAACAAGAAGGAUUGUUGCGUUCUGAGGGGAACUUGGUCUUCUGCAGCCACAGCUGCUUCCUCCUCUACUCUGCUUCCUCCUCCUCCUCCUCUUCCUCCUCGUCGCAGGCCAGAACCACAACAGACUCCAAGGACACGGUAGCCCUCCUGUCUCCAGACUCGGACCAGAAAGUGAGCCUGUCGAAAGCCCUCCACCAGUACAGCAACAACAUGUCCUCUCUGGAUGUCCACUGUCUGGCCCAGCUCCAGCUCAAGCAGUCCCCUCCCUCCACCCCACCCAUCCCCUUCCCCCCAGCCAGUGACACCCCAAAGACCCCUAAGACAGAGGCCAAGUCAGACACCAUCAAAGUGACGGUGAAGCUGAAGGCGCGGGGCCCCAGGGCUCAACAGGAGGGCUGGCACCAGGGGAAGAGACACAAGGGUCUCCAUUGGAGGAAGUGGACAGUGCAGGUGGUGGUGCCCAGAGGAAGCUCCCAGCUCCCUGAUGAGGACCAGAUAGAUGAGCUGCUGAGGAAGCUGGGAGCGUCUCUCCGCCCCGGGGCCAGUCUCAGGGACCAGCGCCGCUGCUGCUUCUGUCACCAGCUGGGGGACGGAGUCACCGAUGGCCCUGCCCGACUCCUCAGCCUGGACCUGGACGUGUGGGUGCACCUCAACUGUGCCCUCUGGUCCACCGAGGUGUAUGAGACGCAGUCAGGCGCUCUGAUCAAUGUAGAGCUGGCGCUGAGGCGGGGUUCGGCGGUCCGCUGUGCCUUCUGCCAGCAGAUGGGCGCCACCAGCGGCUGCCACCGCCUGCGCUGCACCAACAUCUACCACUUCACCUGCGCCUUGCAGGCACACUGCAUCUUCUUCAAGGACAAGACCAUGCUGUGCCACGCCCACCGACCCAGAGGCUCCACCCACGGUGGCUCUGGCCACGUCCUGGAGCACGAGCUGCGCUGCUUCGCUGUGUUCCGCCGUGUCUACAUCCAGAGGGACGAGGUGAGGCAGAUGGCCAACGCCGUACAGCAGCCCGAGCUGGGCUACACCUUCAGAGUGGGCAGCCUGGUGCUCUAUGCCGUGGGUCAGAUCACCCCGUCCCAGAUGGCCGCCUUCCACUCGGCCACAGCCAUCUUCCCCGUGGGCUACGAGGCCUGCCGCAUCUACUGGAGCAUGCGCCAUGGCAACCGUCGCUGCCGCUACCUGUGCUCCGUAGAGGAGAGGGAGGAGCAGCCGGAGUUCAGCAUCCGCGUCAUUGAGCAGGGAUACAAGGACCUGGUCCUCACUGACUCCACCGCCAAAGGAGUGUGGGAUAAGGUCCUGGUUCCGGUGGCUGACAGGAGAACUGAAAUAGGAACUUUGAAACUCUUCCCUGUCUAUCUGAAAGGAGAGGACCUGUUUGGGCUCACCGUGUCUGCAGUUACCAAGAUCACUGAAUCGCUCCCAGGGAUAGAGGCCUGUGACAAGUAUACCUUCCGUUACGGCCGUAACCCUCUGAUGGAGCUGCCCCUGAUCUUUAACCCCUCCGGCAGUGCCCGGGCCAUGCCCAAAACCAGCUCCCCAUCCACCGCCGUUGUCAUUAGGCCCCAGCCGGUAUCCAGCACCACCAAUACCUCCUCCAGGUGUCAGAACACAGCCCAGGGGGAGGGAGGUGUACCCCACACCAAGCCUCCCAUGGUGCACCACAGGUCAUCGCAGUACCGCUGGAUGAAAAGUGAGUGGAGGGCCAACGUCUACCUCGCUGCCUCCAAGAUCCAGGGCCUGGGUCUAUAUGCAUCCAGGGACAUAGAGAAACACACCAUGGUGAUCGAGUACAACGGAACCGUCCUCCGCAACGAGGUGGCCAUCAGGAAGCAAAGGACUUACAAGUCUCAGAAUCGUGCCGUGUUCAUGUUCCGCAUCGACAGUGAACAUGUCGUUGAUUCCAGUCAGACAGGGGGUCUAGCAAGGUACAUCAACCACUCUUGUACCCCAAACUGUGUCGCUGAGGUGGUAACCUUCGAAAGAGGUUAUAAAAUCAUCAUCACCUCCAACCGCAGAAUCGAGAAAGGAGAGGAGCUUUGUUUCGACUACCAGUAUGACUGUGUGGACGGCCAACACAAGAUCGCCUGUCACUGUGGAACAGCAGACUGCAGGAAAUGGAUCAACUGAGAAAAACCUCAAAUGACAACAACAAACAUAAAUGCAUUCCUUGCCAUAUUAUGCAGAUGCCCUGAUCUCUGUGUAGAAAGAGAGAGGUGCUUCAGACUUUGUUAGAACGAGCAGAAGGCCUGAGUAAACCCUAAGAGUGACGCGUGAAUGGAUUCCCAUGUUUGGAAGCAUAGACUGAAGAUGGACAGAAGGAAAGGGUGUGGAAAGAAGAGCGCAGGAAGAAACAACAGCACAUAGACAUGUGAUUCGUGCCAUAUUACGCGAGAGGAUGGGUUUUGAUGGAAGGACUGUCAAUGAGUGCAGCGUCUGUGUAUUAGUGAGAUGAUAUACAGUAGGGCACAGAUGAGAAUCCACCAGCGAAUGAGGCGAGCGCACUGUGCAGGGCGUGGACCCUAUUGGUUGUUAAGGGCAGGCCCUUUUGUUUAAAACUUUAAAUGUAAAACCAUUUGACUAAAUGUAGACAUCACUGAAUGGGGAAUGUACAGCAAUGACUACCGCGAAGGGAAUAUUAACUUGCACUAAAAAAAAAUUAAAAAGACACACGUACACACAAACUUUAAGAUACUUGAUUCCAUGAGUCAGUUUUAUCAUAGGUUUCUGUCAUGUGAUUUGAGUGAAAUUCGAGAGGACGUUUUGUAUUUAUUAUUGAAUGAAUGAAUUUUUUUCUCAAAAUGAUGAGACAGUAAAAAGAAGGUUAAACUGAUAUUGUUUUCUGAAGAUUGAAGAAAUUCUGUUACUUGUGUACAAAUGUAUAUAAAGAAAAAUAUAGGAAUAACUGACCAAAUACUACCUUAACCUUCUUGAUGUUUGGGUGUUUUUUAAUUAUUAUUUUAUUUUUUGUCAUUGCAGUUUAUUUAAGAAGGAUGUCAUAAUAUCAGUUUCAGAGUAUAUAUUAUGAUUAUUCUGUACAGAAUUUGUAAAAUAACCACAAUAAUUCACAAAGUAUUUUUGUUGUAUUAAAAGUAUGGUAUUGUAGCUUAGUGUUUUUGUGAUUUACACGUACUUUGACCACUCAAAAAGAAAUAUUUUUGGUGACUGAGUGUGGAAAUGAGUUAUUGGUUAAUGAAUAAAAAAUGGUAAAGACAUCAUUCUGACAUCUUUGCUGUUAAUCAGGUUUGAUUUUAUAGAGCUGUGAAAAGGUUUUAAACCACCCAAACACAAUUUUAACUUCUUUUUAACCCAAAUAUGUGUAGGAAUAUAACCUUGUUUUUUCUGUUUUUUUUUACAUAGAAAUGGUGUACAGACGUCGUAUGACAUUGCUUACUGCUUCAGGCGUUUGAAAUUAAAGUGUACUGAAAAAAUAAAAUAAUGUUUCUUGCAGAGGAAAAGGUCGGGACAUUUGGUGGUGCUACAUUUUGAAAAGAGAUGACAUUCUACUUAAUCAGAAAUGUAUGUGAUAUUGACACAUCACAAGCCACAUACAGUAGUUAGAUGUUUUGCGAGCACAAUUUCAACUCGACUGUAAAAUAUUGGAGACAGUCUUAGAACUUGUAAUGUAUAUGGCAUGGUAUUUUUUUAACUUUCCGAAGACUCAAUUGUAUAUAUUUUCUCAAUGAAUGGUUGUAACAAAAUUGUUUCUUGGAUAUUUUUCUUCUCUUGUAUAAAAUGACAUCGUCCUACCAGUGUGUUUGUGCUACAUUUUUCUUGGUCCUGUAGUCUCAAAAUGUUUUUAAAAAUGCAUUUAGAACUGUACAGAGAAAUAUGAGGGUUGGAGUUUGGAAUUGAAUUUAGAAGCAUUUACAAAAUAAACUAUUUUACAUCUUAA